UCAUCCCAGCAAGCAAGACGCUGCUAGCACGUUUCUGAUGGCCAGUGACAGCGGCGGUUAUGACUACGAGUUCGCUGAUCCAGUGCCAGAAAAGUACCUGUGCGCCAUUUGCUACAAGGUAUUGAGGGACGCCCGCCUCACCGCCUGCUGUGGUCAGCACUUCUGUGGCGGGUGCCUUACGAAAUGGCUGGCCACGAAGGGAAUGGAAAAAUCGUGCCCGCUAUGUCGCGAAGUGAACCUCGCGUCUAUGCUGAACAAAGAGAAAGUUCGUGAGAUCAAUGAACUCCGUGUUCGCUGCACUAAAAAGCCCAAAGGUUGCGUGUGGGUGGGGACGUUAAGUGAUAUAGGCAAGCAUCUAAAAUCAGAUAGGGGCUGUGGUUAUGUGCUAGUAAAAUGUGGCAGAGGUGGGUAUUUGUACUACAAGAAAAGGAACGUAGUUUGUUCAGUCAAAGUGGAGUGAAGGUAUUUUGCUAAACAUCUGGAAAGCGAGUGCCUGUUUCGGCAGUAUACCUGUGAACAUUGUAACUAUGUCGAUACCUACGAUGCUAUAGCCGGAAGUGGACGAGUACGAAAUCAGAAUUCAACCGUUGGAUCUUCCUUCAAUCAUUACGGUGUAUGUGAGCAUUAUCCGCUGAAUUGCCCAAGAAAGUGUGGUGCAAAAAUAAAGCGAAAGGACCUAGAGUCCCAUCGGGACAAUUGUCCACUAGAAACCCUAUCAUGCCCGUUUAAGUGUGGUCAGGAGAAAUUGCGCAAAGACAUGGAAUAUCACAAAAAAUCCAGUUGCAUGCUGCGCCCUUACCACUGUAUACACUGUGGUACUUUGGGAACCUAUGUGUCAAUAACUGGGGAACUGUGAAAGUGGUUGCCAUUACGAUACAUGUGAGAAUUAUCCACUGGCUUGUGUUAAUAGCUGUGGGAAAAAGGGAAUUAAGCGAAAAGACAUGGAAGAUCACCGAAAGACCUGUCCUGAGGGACCGAUUCACUGCAAACUGUGCAGCGUAACUUACCUUCGCAAAGACUUGAAGACUCACAAUUCAAAGAAGUGUGACAUUCGUCCCUAUCAGUGCGAAUAUUGUGGCCAUGUAGGGACGUAUGCCUCAAUAACAGGCAAAGGACAUGUAUCGCUCUUAGGCUGCUACUCUCACUAUGAAAUGUGUGAACAGUAUCCUUUGGACCACCAGUGUGUAACUUGUGACGCAAAAGUGAAGCGAGUAGAGAAACACAUGUGUCCAUUCGAACAAGUUAAAUGUCCUUUUGGGGGGGAAGUUUGCGCCUUUGAAUUGCAAGGACAUAUCCAACGUAAAGACAUUCAAAAUCACAAGAAAGAGUGCAAAUAUCGUCCGUACACAUGCGAAUAUUGUGGCUUUACCGACACGUAUAAAGCCAUAACUGGCAUAGGGAUCUUUUGCAUACGGAGUUGGCCUCGCCACUACGAUAAAUGUAAAAAACUCUUCGACUGUCCUUUUAAGUAUGCUGGCUGCACUCACAGGAUACCACAGAAUGAGAUACAUGCUCACUGUCAGACAAAUGUGCACGCACACCUAAAGAUGGUGUCCCUAUCCCACAAGCAACUAAUUGUUAAAAAUGAGAAAAUGGUCCAAAAGAAUGAGGAACUCCUCGGGGAUAGUGACAAGAUGGCUAAGAAAGUAGAAGAAAUGGGUUGCAAAUACGAAAUGAUGGCCAGAGCGAAUGAAUCGGCUAUAGAUGAACUACUGAAACGUAUAGACAAGCUUGAACGCCACAGGUGCUCAUGACAGUUUUCAUAUUGCUAGUAAGACAGCUAGUAAGACUGUGUGUUCGUGAAAGAAGCCCUUUUUCAGUAAAUGGCAUAAAUUGUACAUAAUAUUUACGUAGAGUUGAAACAUGUGUAUCCUACCAGUUUUGAUAAGAUAAUGGU